AUGUUGGGGGAACUAAUACUUCUUUUUAGGAGUUUCCAUGGGAUUCUUGCUUCCUCAGGCACCAUAGGGGCAGUAGUGGCCUGGCUGAUUAGCUAUAAGCCAGUCUUGUUUGGGUUCCUACUCUUUCUGUUGUUGCUUAGCAACUGGCUUGUCAGACAUGAAUUCACACCCCAGGCCUCUGAACCCCAUCCCCAGACGGAGGGGGAACAGAAACCAACAGUCUCCGAAACCAACCCCAACAACCGAGCUAUGAGCAUGAAAGAUAUCGAGAAAAUACAUGCCUGCUUUGCCCUCCAGGACAAGAUCCUCCAACGCCUGGUGUUCAGCGAGAUGAAGCUGAAGGUCUUGGAAAGCCAGAUGUUCCUCAUGUGGAACAAGAUCAAUCACCAAGGGCGGUCUAGCAGACACUGGAAUGGCCCCAGGAGAAAAUACAGAACAAGGAGGCAGGAGUCCAUUUUCUCUACCAUCUCUGGUUGUACUUCCAGUUUUCCCACUGAAUGA